GUAUCUUAAAAAAGGAAAUCAGAUGAAGGAGAGUCUUUGUUGACCAGUAGGGGGCCUCGGCUCCUUGCUGUUCCACCUCUGUCUCCUCCCCCUGAGUGUGGAGUAGGAGUAAGUUAUUCUCUUCUCCACUGGUAAAGCCGUGCAGUAGGAGGCACCACUCCCAGGAGGACAAACAGAGUUUGGCUGCUUAAGACACUCCCCCUGGCUGGGAGUGGUGCAGCCAGCCUUUACACCCGCCCACCAGACUGUGGAGUAGGAGGAUCUGAGCGCUGCCGAACUGAUCCCUUCACUGUUCCCCACAGUGUGGAGCAGCCGGCAGUGCGUGCACACACACACUCACACACUCACACAGCCACACACACUCACACUCACUCUUGCACACACACUCAUGCACAACAAAGCAGGCGGAAAAGUGAGGCAGUAAAAAAGAACAUUAGAGACAGAAACAACCUUCCUCCUGAUUUUUUUGGGGAUAUUGCAAUCUGCCUGGAGUUUGUGCCAUUUCCUGUGUGGCUGGUCGUUCCUGCAUACAGUUUGAGUGCCAUCAGCUGUGCGUGCAGAGAUCUACAUCCACCAACUGUCUACAUCACAGCUUUGUGCUUCAGCCAGACGGGAACAAAGUGUGCAUCUGGGAUAUCUGUCAACCUCCUUUGGGAACUGACGCUGCACCGACUGUCAACGAGCGAGGGAGUACAGAGAAAGAAAGACAGACAGAGCAAACGACAAAGUGAAGGCAUGAGCAGGAGACCAGAAGCUGACUUUCCAGAGAAGUGAUUGUCACAGUGUCCCCCUCCUCUUCCCUCACCUCCCUCCUCCUUCCUCUCCUCUCUCCUGUGUCGUUGUUCCUUGUUUCUUUGCGCACACCUCCGUUGCUAUCCCAUCUUCGUCCCUCUGUUCUCCCUUCAUCACCUCCUCCUCCUCCCUUCCUUCCGAAGACGGCGUGAGACGCACGCGCCAGUGGCUGUAUCAUCCCAUUUGCUCUCUGCAUCCUCUUUUGGCUCCAUCCCUUCCACGGAUCUAGCCUCCAGCUGCGGAACCGCAAACAGAAUCUCUUUGAGUUGUUGGAUCCCACACGCGAGUCUCUGUAUCCAGCCACAGUCAGAAGGAUUCCAGCUACAUGGGAAAACGCUUGGAACAGCAACCAAUGUACCCCCAGUACACUUACUACUACCCUCACUACCUUCAGACUAAGCAGUCAUAUGCCCCGCCCCCUCCUCCCAUGGCUCCGCCCAGCCCUGGCACCAACAGCAGCAGCCACAGUGCAGCGGAGCAGCUCAGUAAAACGAACCUGUACAUCCGGGGCCUUCCGCCUGGCACCACCGACCAGGACCUCAUCAAACUCUGCCAACCGUAUGGAAAAAUUGUGUCUACAAAGGCAAUCCUGGACAAAAACACUAACCAGUGCAAAGGAUAUGGCUUUGUUGAUUUCGACAGUCCGGCGGCGGCACAGAAAGCCGUAGCGUCCCUGAAGGCCAGUGGAGUGCAGGCACAGAUGGCAAAGCAACAAGAGCAGGACCCAACUAACUUGUACAUCUCAAACCUCCCGGUUUCAAUGGAUGAACAAGAGCUGGAGAACAUGCUGAAGCCCUUCGGCCAUGUCAUCUCCACACGGAUACUCCGAGACGCCAACGGGGUCAGCCGAGGAGUCGGUUUCGCCAGAAUGGAGUCCACUGAGAAAUGUGAUGUGGUGAUUCAGCAUUUCAAUGGAAAGUUCCUCAAAACCCCGCCGGGAGUACCAGCCCCGACGGAGCCGCUGCUGUGCAAAUUUGCAGACGGAGGACAGAAGAAGAGGCAAAGUCAAAGCAAGUACCCUCAAAAUGGACGACCGUGGCCCCGGGAAGGAGAGAGUGGCAUGGCGCUGACCUAUGACCCUACUGCAAUGCAGAAUGGGUUCUACUCCUCACCAUACAGCAUCUCCACAAACCGUAUGAUCGCCCAGACAUCAAUCACUCCAUUCAUCGCAGCCUCUCCGGUCUCCACAUAUCAGGUCCAGAGUACGUCGUGGAUGCCUCACCAACAGUAUGUUAUGCAACCUACGGGUGCUGUGAUCACGCCAACCAUGGACCACACUAUCUCCAUGCAGCCUGCUAACAUGAUGGGUCCCCUCACUCAGCAGAUGAACCACCUGUCCCUGGGUACCACUGGCACAUACAUGACUGCGGCUGCUGCUCCUAUGCAGGGGACCUACAUUCCCCAGUACACUGCGGUUCCUGCCUCAGCUGUCUCAGUCGAGGGCGUGGUGACGGAGGCUUCUCCACAAGGCAUUCCGCCCUCUUCGCAGGACGCAAAUGGUCAGCAACAGACUCUGGGCGUGGACAACACCAAUGAUCACGCACCCACCUACUCCUUUCAGCCCGCUAAAUAACCUGAGGAGGUGGGGGUGGGGUGUUGAGGUGACUGCGUUGCCUUGAAACUGGGGGACUGCAACGAGGGAACAUUGAAGACAGAGCGCAAGAUAUAGGAAAACACGUUUGUGUCUACUUUUGCACAAGCAUUAAAAAAACAAUUUAUUUAACACCUGGCCCACACCGGAGGACCAUUGGAGAACUCACAUCCAGAAAUGCAAUCUGUGAGAGAAAAAAAAAUUCCUUCAUGAAGUGAUAAAUUCAAACAAGUACAAGUUUUCCUAUUCUUUUUUUCGAAUGUGCAGGUAGGUUUUCAGAAACAGUGGGUUUUUCUAUUAGUCGAGGAAGCACAUUCUUGUAAAACAAUGAGAGAAGGAGAAUAAGAAGUCUUCCUCGGAUUCUAAGCUACUAUUACUUUUCUUUUUUUAUGAGUUAGAUUUUAGUUUUCUAGAGAAUAUCAAUGUUUUUUCAUCUUUGUUGCCUUAAUUUCGAGAAACAUCUAAGACUUUUUCCUGUUCGAACUGUUUGGACUGACAAAUGCAGUGACAAAUGACCUGACAGAGAGAAAAAUUAACUGUAUAGCGCUUAGAGAGAGGUCUUCUGGAGACAUUUUAAAUUAUCAGUGGUAUCUUUGUGUUUAAAAGAGAGGACAGACUAAAUAUUGUGAUGAUGAUUAAAGAGAAUUGCAUUUUUUAGAAACAGAGGGAAAAAAAAUGUUAUUCCACUGCAUCAUGUGAAAUGCAGUUUAUUGUGUAGUGCAGAUCAUUUUUAAUGGCAUUAUUGUUUUUAUCUGCAAUAUUUUUUAUCAGCUUUAAGGUGUUUUUAGCCUGCUUUGCUUGUUUCAUCGCGGAAAAAUGUUGAAAAAAAAUACUGGCAGUGUAAAUCUACAUAGAUAUGAGCUUAUGGAUGAAAUCAGAACGGAAAAAAAAGCAAAUGUGCGCAAAAAGCAAUAGUAAUAGGAAAUUGUUGACAAUUUCUUUAGUCUUUCUUAGCAGUGGAUCAAAUGCAGCCCAUGGAUGGCAUAUUUUAUACCAAAGAUGAAGAAACCCCCUUCAAGACAGUGGAGAGGAUUGAUUUUACGUUUUCCUUUUUUCUAUUCUAAUAUUUUUUGGUGUUUUAAUAAUUAUGUUUCUAAAGUAUCCAUUUGACCUUGACGGCCAAACUGGUGCUUUACUUUAAGGGUUUAAACUUCCUUCCACUGUUGCAGACUCUGUGUCAAGUGUUCAGUUGAGAGGCAGAAAGCCACCAUCACAGAUUUCACAAAUUGCUGAGUGUGUUCUCCCCACCUGAGGGCGUCAGAGAGAAUCUGAACCAUCAAACAUCUCCCAUCUGCCAGGCUGAAUAAACUAUACCUCUCUUUCACUGCACCUUCUCAGUCACUGACCUAAAGUCAGUCACUUUUACACGUCACACAUACAUUCAGUUUACAUUUUUUUCAAAGAAGGCUGCUUAUUAUUUCAACAAAACAGGAAGGAAUCUAAGCACUCACUAGUGUGUAUUUAAAUUCUUUGUACAGCUCACUACCUCAUCAAAAGCAAUUUUAACACGUGGAAACACAGUUUGCAAAAUUAGCACCUCGUACAUCCGUUUGACAAAUGUUACAAAACAAGCACCCUUCACCCUACUAAAAAAACUGCUUAAACCAGCUUAAGCUGGUUUGCUGGUCUUAGCUGGUUUAAACAGGUCUAGCUGGUCUCCCAGCCUGUCCAGUCUGGUCUUCAUUUGGAUUCCUAACCUGGCCAUGCUGGUCUUCAGCUGGUCUGGUCUAACUGGUCUCCCAGCCAAGCCAAACUGGUCUCCCAGCCUGACCAAGUUGGUAUUCGCUGGUCUAACUGGUCACCCUACCCAGCCAAGCUGGUCUAGCUGGUCUCCCAGCCUGGCCAAACUGGUCUUCGGUUGGUUUCCUAACCAGACCAUGAUGGUCUAGCUGGUCUCCCAGCCUGGCCAAGCUGGUCUUUAGCUGGUCUGGCCUAGCUGGUCUCCCAGCUUGGCCAAACUGGUUUUUAGUUGGUUUCCCAACCAGGCCAUGCUGGUCUAGCUGGUUUCACAGCCUGGCCCAAGCUGGUCUUCAGCUGGUGUGGUUUAACUGGUCUCCAAGCUUGGCCAAGCUGGUCUUCGGCUGGUGUGGUCUAGCUGGUCUCCCUGCCUGGCCAUGCUGGUCUUCAGCUGGUCUGGUCUGGCCAGCUGAAAAGUGUCAACCCCCCCGACCUCCCAGGUUGAGAGACCAACUACAACCAGCAACCAUCUUAGGCUGGAUAAUGGUGUUUUUUAAGCAGGAAAGUUGUCUACUUUAGGCAUAUUUGCAGUCGUAACAAUUGAAACACCUCAUACUAUAUGCAAGCUUUUUUUAAUUAACUACAUGCAAUUGGAAAUCACUCGUGAUAAUGGCAUUACUUGAAACUAAGGUGCCCACUGUCAUCAUACCUGUAGUAUUUGGUGGUUGCUAAGGUGCCUCGUUUCAAUGCAGUGACAGCUAUCUCAGUAUUAGUUAGAAAUAUCACGUGUGACUAUCAUUCUGACCUUCUAUAUCUGAAAUCUGCUAUCAUUUAUCAGGCUGCAGCAUUCCAGAGGGGAGAACUAGUAAAUACAAGAGUAGAUAGGCUGGAUAAAUACUGUAUACUGAGUUCCUGUUCUAUAUUCACCACGGAAUAUAUGUUAUUUUGAUGCAAACUAAUAGGAUACAACUCUAUAACCACUUUAGCAAAGAGUUUCAAUACACAUGGUAAAUUAUGGGGCUGUCUUUGCUGCCUUCACUGUUCUAUGUCUCAUAAAUAAAUAUGCCUCCAAGUUUUCAGGAUAAUUAGAGAUAUCUCAGGUGCUCUGAGAAUAAAUUCAGCUUUCAUUAGGAAGAAUAGAGAUCUACUCUGAUUUCUUUUUAUUCCAAUUAAAGAAUUCUAAGAAGUAACAGUUGAAUCUGUUAAUCCAUACAGUGAACUGUGUGCUGAAGGGCCAACGAGAGACAUCAAGAUCAUUUUAAGUUCUAUAUGUGCUGGUCAUUGUGGUCCACAUGUUCUUUUUAGUGUAAUUUUUCACUGUCUUUGCAAAGAGGAGAGUUUAGAGAAUGCUAUAAUAUUUUUCCCAGUAUUCCUACAAUAAGACAUCAUAAACAAAGUAAUGAUUUCAAUUAGCCACAAGAGGACAGUAUUAAAGCAAAAUUGGUGUACCUCAUCCUCUGCUUUGGCGUUAACAAUUUCAGUUAGCUCUGAAACUAUUUCACACUGUGGAUGAAAGCGAUGCUAGAACGAGGACCAGUUUUGGCAACAUAACAAAACUACCGUAAUGGCCAUACAGCACUGCUUUUAUAAGGAAAAUAAGCUUGCUUUUCAUUUUCACCUCUUUAAAAAAAAUAAAAAAAUAAAAAGCCACUGUGUUUUGUGUCUGUUAUCCACUGUCUUUUUGGAGAGUUCUUUUUAUCAUGUGCUUGCUGCUAUCAAGCAUUCAGUAUUUAAGGGCAGGGCCAUGGGGACAAAAAGGUGAAUUGGGUGAAAAAAAAAAAACAAUUGUUAAAGGGAUAGUACACCCAAAAAUAAUUCACUCACCCUCUUUUUGUUCAUAUAACUUUCUGUCUUCCGUAAAACACAAAAGGAGUUUAUAGGCAGAAUGUUAGUUACCAUUCACUUUCGUUGAAUUGAAAAAAUACGCAAUAAAAAUGAAUGGUGAUUGAAUGGUAACUUUCUGCCAAAAUCCCCAAAUCUCCUUUUUGUGUCCCACAGAAGAAAGUAAGUCAUAAUUUUGGCACAACAUAAGGGAGAGUAAAAUUAUGACAGAAUUAAAAUUUUUGAAGGAAUUAUUCCUUUCAGCUAGAGGUUUCAUUAAGCUGCAGGACAGAGUUCUCAUCGCAACUGUAAUUCAGUAAGCUAAGCACCUUUCAUCCACUCGAAGGUUUUUCACUAGCUAGAAAUUCUGUGCUCCCAUUGUAACUUUCUAUUUGUUUAUGGACGUAAGGUCCAAGCCAUGCAUUUUUUUAUUUGUGCAUUUGAUUGGCUGUCACGGUUGAGGUCAUUGAAUGAAACAUUUUCGUUGGACUGUCCUGAAGAACCUUGACUCAACUCAAAAUGUUGCGGUAUGACAGCAUGGAUAACGCAAACUACGUUCAACCAAAUUGACCGAAAACAGCAAAACCUCAAUUAGAGACUAACUUACUGGCAAAUGAAAUAGAGAAAUAUUUAUGGAAAUGUUUUUGUACAGGUAUUGUUGAAACAUGAAAGCUAAACAGUUGAUGCUAAGAAUGAUUUCUUGAGUUGCUUCACUUUCUUGCCUCCCAUGUGCUCGAGCUGUGAUCCUGAGAGUGUCUGUAGACCAGUGGAUAUUAGGUUUAAACUUCUGUUGAUUUUUUUGUUUCCUUUUGAUGAAGCUUUCAAUAAAAAAAUCUACAAAAUCA